GGUUUUAUUGGCUUUGACUCGCAGGAACGAACGGUGAACGGCUUAUUAAUCGGAGUUAUUUCACCGUGAUCUUACGUGAUCGAUCAAACGUCGGGGCUAUGCAAGUCGAAAACAGAAGGACCGGAGGACCUCGUACAAAGCGGAGUUGCUGAAGCCUUCUAUGCUAUAUAUAGGUAGGUGGGUAGGUAAUACCCGCCUUAUUCCUAGCAACUCCAUAACUUCAUCCGUCCCGAAGACUACCUAGGACCAAACAACUGAGUACCUAGACAAUGGCCGAGGAAAAGGCUAAGGAGUCCGGCACCUACGAGGCUGGCUGCCACUGCGGUUAUAUCAAGUUCUCGGUGACGCUCUCGCCGCCGCUGCCCGAGUAUAAGGUGCUCGACUGCAAUUGCUCCAUGUGCCGCAAGGCUGGCUACUUGCUCAUCUAUCCCCAUCGCAAAGACGUCAAGUGGCACGGCGAGUCGCACGAACGCUGCGCCGUCUACCACUUCAACACCAAGCAGAAGGACCAACUGUUCUGCCCCAAGUGCGGGACGAGCUUGGGCAUCGACUUCCGGGACUCCCGGAAGCCCAAGUUUGACGGCUACGGCAUCAGCGCGCGGACGUUAUACGGUAUUGAUCUGGACUCGCUCCGGUAUGAGAAGGGCCAGGGGCUGGAAAACGUCAAGCCGUCCGGCGACCUGUCUGGGAUCCAGUACGAGCUGGACGAGAAAGAGAAGGCUCUGGCGAGCGGGCCGUCGUCGUGAAUCGGGGGUAGGACGCUCUAGAGUUGCGCGACAUCUUAGUUGGGGUGGUAUAUGAACUUGCCAGUCUGGUUCUGGUUCCGUAUCUAGGGUCAAGACUUUAAAAGGCAGAAUGCCGAUAAUACGCUUGGGGUUUGCUCUGUUGAAGUCGCUUAGGGGUAUAUAUUCCUUACUGUCGACAAUGGACUGUAUACGUGUAGUCCUUUAGUGAUCAUAUCGGCCUAUUGUAGACAAUAUUUGCCCCCAAC